GCUAUAUGUACAUUUGUGUUUGUAUUCCUUGGACUUGACAGCUAGCCAUACAAGCUAAGAAAAUAGGUGGGCAGUAAACGAUUUUGUUGCAAGAACCAUCGACCUAGCGAACAAGGCAGGAGCCCACACUGGAUAGAUAGAUGGAUAGCUAGUUAGUAGAAAAUGCAGCUUGGAAAUUAAUCAUAAUGACAGUAAGCUAUAUAGCUAGCUUAGUUAUCAAAAUACUUAAGUGAACUGCAGUGGGAUGUCAAUUGCGCUACUCAUUUGAACAAAUGUGUAAUGUGGUAAUAUUAGCCAGCUAGCUAACGUGCAUUGCCAUUCUUAUAUUGCUAUCAGAAUUCUGAUUUGGUAUCGCUCGCUGGAUUCUCUUACAAAUUUUGUAAAUCAGGCUAGCUAACGUUGCUAGCUAUUUGUCAGGUGCAUUAAACUACUGUAUCUAUCAAUAAGGAGAAUAAUUGACAACCAUGGAAAAAGUCACGAAAAUACUGGUUCAUCUGUCGAAGAAUAAUGUCGCACCGCAAUGUGCCCGUUUUGUGCAGAGCAUAACAGGUCAUUUUACAGAGACUCUUGAUGAUGAGGUGGAGGUGAAGUGUUCUUUGGAGAACAAUCGCUUUAUACUGUGCGACUGCGAGAAGGGGAGAGGAAUUCCCCUAAAGAGGGCAUCCUUUUGCCCCUUCAAGUAUCUGUCUGUCGCAGAGGCAGCUGCAAUCCCAUUGGACGUUCAGAGCCGCGGAGUGGACGUGGGGGUUGCUAUUCUUCUGCAGUCAGCCAAUCAGAAGGUGUUGUUAACUCGACGGUCGUCCAGUCUUCGCAUUUUCCCAAAUGUGUGGGUUCCACCAGGUGGCCAUGUGGAACUGGAUGAGAGGCUCCUGGAUGCGGGGCUGAGGGAGCUGAGGGAGGAGACAGGACUGAAGCUGGACCCUGGAGACGUCUCAGCUCAGCUGCUGGGGCUCUGGGAGUCAGUUUUCCCGCCCAUGCUGAGCAGAGGGAUGCCACAGAGGCACCAUGUGGUCACCUACAUGCUCCUAAACACCUCCCUCACACACCAGCAGCUCCAGGCCUCUCUGCACCCCGAACCCGCUGAGGUCAGUGGUUGUCUGUGGGUGGAUGCCUCGCUGGUCAAGGCCAUCGUGUCCGCCGUGGACGGAGAGGAGGGUUCUGGAACACCGCAGGAGGGCCUAGCUUCAACCAUAAGUGUAUCGGAGGUCUCUCCGGAAGGUGGGCUCAGUGAGUCAGUUCUGCCAUUAUCUGUUUUGUGUAACCGGGCCACGGCUAGCGGAGAGGAUGUGGAGCGGGUCAGCACUGGUACCAAAUACGCCCUGGAGCUCUGGCUUAAGAACUUGGAGGGACAGGGGACCCGGUGUUAACUGUCUUCACUAAACCCGGACGUCUAGCCCUGUGAUGAAGUGACUUCCUGGAGGAUGACAUCGCUUCCUGGAGUUUGCCUUAACCGGUGAAGGUCACCUAAAGUGAACUAUCAUCUUUUUAAAAAAUCUUGUACGGAUUAACCAAUAAUGAACUUUGGGUGAACUAUCCCUUUAAUAUCAACAGCAACACCUACAAGUCUUAUCUGGCUGUUUGAGGGCUUUGCAUGAGCUAUCAAUUGUGUUGUGUGUAAAAACAGUUUUUAUUGCAAGGAUGUUGUUAGUGAUGAAAUGUGAUGGAACAAAGUGGAUUUACACUGCAGAUGCUUUUAUGAUCAUUAUAUUCCAUUUGCGCCUUCAAGCCACAAGAUGGCAAUGCAUAGCCUACACAGUGAUUUCACAUAUGGAAACGAGCGCGAAACAAUCAGAAUUCUGAUUUAAGUUUACAUAAUUAUCUUGACUUGUAAAUAAGAAUGUGUUCUUAACUGACUCUCCUGGUUAAAUAAAGGUAAAAUAAAAAAUA